AUGACACGUUCACUCAAAAAAGGCCCUUUUGUAGCUGACCAUUUAUUAAAAAAAAUUGAAGACCUUAAUUUAAAAAAAGAAAAAAAAAUUAUAAUAACUUGGUCUCGAGCAUCUACUAUUGUACCCACAAUGAUUGGUCAUACUAUUGCAGUUUAUAAUGGACAAGAACAUUUACCUAUUUAUAUAACAGAUCGUAUGAUAGGUCACAAACUAGGAGAAUUUGCACCUACACGAAAUUUUCGAGGACAUACAAAAAGUGAUAAAAAAUCUCGUCGUUAA